AGGCGAUGGACUAGAAAUCCAUUGGGGUCUCCCCGCGCAGGUUCGAAUCCUGCCGACUACGAUUCGCUUUUUCGCUGUACUUAAGAUGUGUUUUGUAAACUUUUUUCUGUAUGUAAUAUCUCCAUAUCAUUAACGUUCAUUUAACAGCAAUACAGCGCGUUAUCGUGUAACAUCUUUGUCACUCAGUCCAUCAACAGUUUGCUUGCUAGCCAAGUUGAAUGCUAACUGAGGAAAAAUGGGUCCCGUGACUUAGCCACAAGCUAGUCACUUCUUCUGUCUGGUUUAUAGCUGACUGUAUUCCUUCCAGUCACAAGAUUUACUCAAACGGAGUGAAGGAAACGAUAAUGAAGCUAUUUUAAUAAAUUUUUAGCAUCCAGCCGGAACAUUGCGCCGUUCAGUAAUGCCAGAUGGACUUGUUACGAGCAGGCCUCUGCAGAAUGAGGCUACAGGUAUUGACCUGCAGGUUCCACAGUAUCAGGAGGUGCGGGGCCCCAUGAUGACGGGCCAUGUGGAGUACCAGAUUGUGGUGAUCACACGCCUCGCACCCUUCAAAUCUGCUAAACACAAACCCGGAGAUGUUGUCCAGUUUGUGGUGUCAAAGAAGUACAGUGAAAUUGAUGAGUUUUACUCCAACUUGAUGGCUCAGUAUCCCAGCAUCCAUCUGCCCGCCAUGCCCCGCAAAGCACUUUUUGUUGGAGAAACAGACAUCCGUGAGCGCCGAGUGGCCUUUGAUGAGCUUGUCCGCUUUAUUUCCAAACAUCUGACUCUCUCUACCUGUCCAGAGCUAAUGGAAUUCUUAGGAGCAAAAGGUGCGCUUCAUGACGUGAAAGCCUCCAAUACUCCUGACGUAGCAGCGGACGAAAAUGAAGACGAUGGGCUGGAUUUCUUCGGGAAAGAUGAGGUACCUACUGCGCAGCCUGAGCGAGUGAAGAAGCCAGUGAAGGUAGAAAAGGCAGCUGAGGAGGAGGAGGAAGAUGAAGAGGAAUUGUUUGACCCCUUAGGCAGUGUUAGGUCUAAGAAGCCUAAGCCUGCCAAACCAGCACCAAAACCUGCAGCUAAACCCAAACUCUCUCUGUUUGAUGAGGAGGACGAUCCAGACAAGGAGCUUUUUCAGCCUGCGGUAAAGAGCACCUUCACUGUACCUACAGGUGAUGUGAAAUUGUUCGAGGAUCCAGAUUUAGGUGGAACUGUGUCACUUGGAGACUCUUUGCUGCUUCCUAAUGCCUACCAGAAGAGUGAAGCCUCUGCUAUCACCAAACUAGAUGAAGAUGUGGAUGAUCUCUUUAGAGUGGAGGAGGAUCUGGACAAACUUUUAGUGAUCCGUAAACAAGUGCAACCAAAGCCAGCUGUUGCCCAGAAACCAGCAGUGAAAGCCAAACCAGUGAUUCCACCCAAGCCUUCCUCUGUGUCACAGUCUGGACAGGCACCUCCUCAGCCUGCUGUGGCCCAGGCAAUGGAUCAGCACGACAUCUUAAAGUAUAUCCAACAGAACGAGGCUGCUCCUAGUGAGGACCUGGACCUCUUUUAGCUUUGUUGUUCAGGGUCAAGCCAGGUGAAACAUUUCAUCAUCAAACCACACUAAAACAUUCUUCUGUUAAUCUUCAUCUCAGUUCAACAUUUUUCUUGCCUUCAAACUAGUAUUGGUGAUUUGACCAUAUUUUGAAGCAAAAUCUGAUUAUUAUGCCCUAUCAUGAGCCCUGUAUUUUCCACAUGGAUCCUGAUUUUGUAAUGUACUAAUGUGCAGUUUAACAAACUUUUUUAUAUAUAUAUAU